AUGGCAUUGAACUUCUGUUGCACAUACCUGCAGGAAAAUUUGGAACGCAAGUACUACAAAGCCAGUUGUAGACCCGGCUGGAGAGAACUCAGGGUCCAUCCACAUCCAUCUCGACUCGAAGCAACCAGGGGAACACGAAAGCCAGUUGAAAGCUGGCACAUCAGAAAGUUUUUCUUGGAAAUCAUGUUCGCCCAGUACGGCAGUGCCGUGGGUCUGAGCCAGAUCACAAGCAUGGACAGGACAGGAAAUGUGGUAUUGGAUAUUGAGAGCCUGCCUCAACAACCCGAUAAAUGCUGCACUGGAAGUCCAAAGAUGACUAGAGCCCUGUCGCGUAAGGGUCCAAACCGCAUGGAGAGGAGGGGCGGUGAAGAGCAGGAGCCAGAUGACUUGGCAAAAAAAGUUAUCAUUAAAGUUGUUCCAUCUCAGUUGGAGCAGAUCAAGUUGCCGCUAGUGCACAACAAAACUUUGGUCACUCCACAUUGCACUGCCACCGCACCUGUUCUGACUGACUCUGUUGAAGGAAGGUCCAAGAGAUUUAAUCGACUCACGGCGUUUCAUCCGCGCAGAAUUCUUCUCUUCUUUGCAACUUUGUCGAGCGUGGGGACGAUGGUGCUGAUAUACUUCACCCUCGGCAUCACCGGCAAGGUGGAAGCAUAG